GAUCUUCCCAAGGCUGUGGUGAAACUUGAGCCCCCGUGGAUCCAGGUGCUCAAGGGAGACCUUGUGACGCUGAAGUGCGAAGGGUCCCACAACCCCGGGAACUCUUCCACCCAGUGGCUCCACAAUGGGAGGUCCAUCCCGAGCCAGGUCCAGCCCAGCUACACGUUCACAGCCACGGUCAAUGACAGCGGAGAAUACCGGUGCCGGAUGGAGCAGAGCAGCCUCAGCGACCCUGUACAUCUGGACGUGAUUUCCGACUGGCUGCUGCUCCAGACAGCUAAACUAGUGUUUGAUGAAGGUGAAACCAUCGUGUUAAGGUGCCACAGCUGGUUGAACAAACCCCUGAACAAGAUUACAUUCUUCCAGAAUGAAAAAGCUGUGAGAUUUCGUCAUUACAAUGGUACAUUCUCCAUCUUAAAAGCCAACCACAGUCACAGUGGCGACUACUACUGCGAAGCAUAUCUAGGAACGGUACAACACUCAUCCAAGCCUGUGACCAUCACUGUCCAAGGUUCAGAUCCUGCGUCUAUCACCUCUCUGCUUUGGUACCAGCUUGCUUUCUGCCUAGCGAUGUGCCUCCUGUUUGCCGUGGACACAGGGCUUUAUUUCUGCGUGUGGAGAAAGCUUCAGCCCUCACGGGAGUACUGGAGGGAAACCCUGUCAGUGAGAAAGAGCAAGGCUCCUCAGGACAAGUGACGUCUCAGCGUGGCUGCUGCACCUUUCAGCCACACCGUUGCUUCUCCUGCAGUCUUCCUUUGAAAGCAACUUUCGGCUAGGUCUGAUGUUUGAUCCUGCAACUACAACUGCUUAGGAGGCUGAGGCAGGAGGAUCCCUGGUUCAAGACCUGCCUGGGUUAUAUAGACAGUGAGUGCACGUCUAGCCUGGGAUAACUCUGUGGGAUCCUAUUUCAAGGAAAGAAGGCUGGCGUGGGCUGUACGGGUGUGUUGUUGAGAUGGCUCCCCGGAAAGGGUGCCUGUUGCUAACCCUGCUGACAAGACCAGAGUUUGAUCCCUGGCACCUAUAUAGCAGAAGGAGAGAACAAAUUCCUCAAAGUUGUCCUCUGACCUCCCCACGCCCACCAUGGUGGAUGCACCUUCUCUCUCUAAAUGCACAGAAAAUAAACACACAGGCGGUGGGCUGAGGAUUGGUGACAGAGCUGUUAUCCAAUAUACAUGAUGCCCUGUCUUUGACCUCCUGCAAUAAAACAAAAAAUCAACCCGA